AGUUUUUGAUGUUCAGAUGCAGUAGCGAAGGCUGUUAUAUUUUCUAUGAUUUUGUUUACAUGUAGGCUUUGUGUGCCUUUGUAUAUAACAGAAUGUAUGGAAUUGUUGAAGAGUAUUAGCACUAGAACAUUUAUAUCGGAACGUAUAUACUUCGAAUAUUGUAAGAAUAAUGUGAAAUAUGAAAAGUAUGUGAAUUGGAAUUAGCAAAUUAUAUAUUGACGUUAUAAAUAAUAUAUGCAGUGUUCUGAAAAUUGAAAUAUAUAUUCAAAACGCACAAGUGUAUGCUUUUAAAUCCACAACUAAAUGUGUAAGGGUAUAAAUUUGAAGUGAGUAGAGAAAUUUCUGUGAACUAUAUUGUAUAAAUUUCUGACAGUCUCCUUAUAAUUUCAGAAAAAAAAGUUACAAUAAUUGUACUUGACUAUCUGAAAUAAAAAUUGAGUGUGAUGAAAUGAGUUCUGGAGCAGCAGGGACUCUUGGGAGUGAGAACUCCGCAGGUGGUGGAAAACCUUACAAAAGAAAAAAGUCUUCUCUAGGAGAAACUAAAAUUGCUGUGCUUGGAGCUGAAGAUGUUGGCAAAAGUGCCCUGUCAGUGCGUUUCAUAACGAAGAGGUUCAUCGGAGAAUAUGACCAAUCGACAGAAUCAAAGUACAAAUAUAGGACGAUUGUGGAUGGCGAGGAGAUGGCAUUCGAAGUUCUUGAUACACGAUCUGUGAAUGAGGACUGUGGAGUGCGAGAGGAUGUUCUACGGUGGGCGGAUGGAUAUGUUUUAGUUUACUCAAUGAUUUCCCGGAAGUCAUUUGUGAUGUUACAGGAAGUACAAAAGAAAGUUGAAGAGUUUCGAAAAGGAGCAAGUAUACCAAUUGUUGUGAUUGGGAACAAAGCUGACCUUGCACAUAUGAGACAAGUCACACAAGAAGAAGGACAGACAUUCGCCGAGACAUUGGGGUGUCCGUUUCUGGAAGUAUCUGCUUCUGAAGACGUCACCAAUGUCACUGAAGCUUUCCAUUCUCUAUGCAGAGAGAUCGUCGACUAUAAACGACGAUCAAGGACUUUCUUUGAACGGGUUUUCGGUGCAUUUGGCAAAGAAAAGGUUUCCUCUUGAUCAAACAUCUUGUAACGAAUUUAUCUAUGACAGUUAGGCGGCCAUGCUGUGUAACCUGAAUGAUUUUGCUGUAAGGUAGCAAUUGAUAAAACAUAUGCAGACACUGGAUUAGUAGGAAUUGCAUAAAGGCACAGAGCGGAGAGUGAUUCAAACGCAUAUUUACUAGUGCUAUUACGUUUUUUACACAAUCAAGAAACGUUUUAUGCAGUAGUCUAGAAAUUUAAACAUAUCUUGAGUAAAACAUUGUGGGCUGAUGUAUCAUUCGUGUUCAUUGAGCUGUAAUGAGCAGUAUUAUUUUUAAUAAAUUGAACUAACAAUAUAAUACUCAUAAAGAAGUAUCAUUGUGUUUAAUGUCGUGAAAUACGUAUGUGUUUUGUGAUUGUUUUUAUAGUUAAUUAACUCUCGUUAUGACAUUUUAAAAAAGUCUCAUCAUUUUACUAACCUUUAAUUAAAUAUUAAGAUCAUAGCUUCAUCUAAAAAUACAUUUAUACAGAGGAAACUCAUUUUUGUCGCACACAAUGUCAUAUAGAAAGAAAAUCUUCUUAAAAUUUGAGAGAAGCUUUAAAUUAAAGAAAGUUAUUAUCUUGAAACAAACAUCAUGGUGUUUUAUUUUAACUGAAAGUAAUGUUAUUGCGUCGUUUUUAUUCAAGUUGCUCACGUCAACGAUUAAAAUUCACUAACCGUGAUCUGUUGAAAGAAAAGUGUCAUUUCGUCGCCUGAUUCUUAUAGUGCUCUAUCUCCAUUUUUUGAAAAAAUGAGAUUUUUACAUCAUUUUGUUUGUCUCGCCGAGCUCUAUCGUUCUGGAGCAAGAAAACGUAACUUUUGACGUCAUAGAGAAAGAUCCUGCGUAAUACUUUGCUCCAUGUCCUCUGUUUGAAUGUAACAGUAAUGAUUAAAGUACUCUAUCUCCAUGACUUAAAGCACUGUAAUGUUAAAAAUUAUUCUGACCAAUCAUACACAUAAACUAACAUCAUGUGAUCAUCAUUAGACUUUGUAAAGGAGUGCUCUAUCUCCAUUUUUAACUUAAUCCAGAAUUGCUCUAACUCCAUUUUAACCAAUAGAAUGCACAGUUACAUGCAUGUGAUCACAACAAAAUAUGGCGGAUAGGCAUAGUUGUAGCAUGUUUGAAAUAUAAUUAGAAUGCCUAUCUACCCGACAUGCAUAGGUGAGAUUGCUUAUACAGGUUAUUUUAUCAUUUUAUUACUUAUACAAACACAUAGCAUUGUCAAUUAAGCUAUAGGCAAGAAAAUACAUGCAAGACUUGCAACAGACCUGUAUUGAUGUGUAUUUCGGAUAGAAACUAUUUUCGUCAUUCUGAAGCUGAUUCUUAAGAAAUACCACUAAAUAUAACAACGGUAUUUGCAAACACGUUUCCGAGAAGCAAAUUUGUGAUAGUAAGUUAUUGUCUAUUAAGAGCAGUAUAAAUAAAACCAAAAACAGAA